AUGGAACCAUUUGGUAGAGAUAGUGGCAAGCUCGUUUGGAUUCAUGACCUUGAACAGGAGGAUGCCGAACCGGUUCUUGCACAGCGCGCCCUGUCUCCUCACUGGCGUCGUCUAGUUCAAUCGUCGGUGGCAGCUGGUGAGCGCUCCGACGAGAGGGCACGGGACGCGCUGCUGGUUCCUGUUACCGAUCCUCUGCGAGCGCAAGAAGCCUCCACUUCAGGUGACCGUAGCGACGGAACCCAACUCGUGCACAACACGGCCUCGGUAGACGAGGCGACCCUGACUGCGUUACAGACGCUUGAACUCCGGCGAGAACUUGGGCAAGCCUUCCGCUCACUCCGAUCUGCGGUUACAGAGCGAGGUUUUCAGCGAGUACUCAUCACGAACGAGGUCGAGUUAAACGCCGACGAGCGCAGGGUAUGUGCACUGCUCCGAAACGCUAUCGCCCUCCGCGAGAAAUACCUCUACCUACCUGAAGUCCCAGAGUAUGCGAACCCGGCACCUCCGUACCGCGACUGUGACCUGAGUAUCCACGUCCCGCCACCGUAUGAUCCUUUUCGAGGGCCAGCCCUGGCGAAGGGCGAUUACGCGUUCGAAGUUCGUGAUGGCAUCAUGGAGGUCACAAGACCGGCAACCGAGACAAGCCGCGAACCGUGCAAGUUCGUUGUUCCUGGCUCCUAUGCGCUUUUCGUGCACGAUCUGAACACGCUGAUCGGGAUCAUGAACGAUCCCGACUCCCGCUCGUUCUGCUACAGGCGUCUGCAACUACUCUCUCUGCGCUUUCAAAUGCAUCUGCUACUCAACGAUGAAGCAGAGCGGCUAGAGCAGAUGACAGUGCCGCAUCGAGACUUUUAUAAUGUCCGCAAGGUUGACACGCAUAUUCAUCACAGCUCCUGUAUGAACCAGAAGCACCUGCUCCGAUUUAUUAAGAAGAAACUCAAGACCGAGCCGAACACCCCAGUGAUUGAGCGCGAUGGCCGCGUUCUGACGCUGGCCGGGGUGUUCGACUCCCUCGGCAUCACGGCGUAUGAGCUGUCGGUGGACACGCUCGACGUGCACGCGGAUAAGCGUACCGUGCAGCGCUUUGACCGCUUCAAUAACAAGUAUUCCCCGCUGGGAGAAUCUCGUCUUCGGGAAGUGUUUCUGAAAACGGACAACUUUAUCGAAGGCCGAUUUCUGGCGGAAAUCACCCGCGAGGUCCUCGAUGAUCUUGUAGAGAGCAAGUACUCCCAUAUCGAGCCCCGAAUCUCGAUAUACGGCAAAAAACGAUGCGAGUGGGAUCGUCUUGCUCGCUGGUUCACCAAGCAUCGAAUCUACUCGGAUCACGCCCGAUGGUUGAUCCAGAUUCCGCGUUUGUUCGGCGCCUACCACGAAGCAGGGUUGCUGGAAUCCUUUCAGGAAAUGUUGAACAAUAUUUUCUUCCCGCUAUUUGAGGUCACGCAAGAUCCAUCAACGCAUCCGGAGCUGCACACAGUUCUGCAACAGAUUGUAGGCUUCGACACCGUUGACGACGAGAGUGUACCGCAGCCACGCAUCGACUUGUUGACCUUGCCACCGCCGCUAGCGUGGCGUACCUCAGCACCGAUGCCCUAUGCAUACUUCACCUACUACAUCUACGCUAAUUUAUGGGUUUUGAACAGGUUUCGCGAGCAUCGAGGCCUGCAUACCUUUCGAUUCCGCCCACAUGCUGGUGAAGCCGGCGAAAUCGAUCACCUGGCAGUGACGUUUCUCCUCGCGCACGGUAUUAAUCACGGGAUUAACUUGAAAAAAGCACCCGUGCUGCAGUACCUCUACUACCUGUGCCAAGUGGGUCUCGCUGUCUCUCCGCUGGGCAAUAACCUGCUAUUCGUCGAUUACACCAAGUCACCGGUACCAGUGUUUAUUGCACGCGGGCUGAAUGUGAGCCUCAGCACCGAUGAUCCACUUAUGUUCCAUUUCUCUCGCGAGCCGCUCAUGGAAGAGUACUCGGUAGCCGCUCAGAUAUGGAAACUGAGCAGUUCGGAUCUCUGUGAACUGGCGCGAAACUCUGCGCUACAGAGCGGUUUCGAGCCCUGUGUGAAGGCGCACUGGCUCGGACCGCGCUGGUUUCUCACCAAUGACCAGGGGAACGAUAUCCACAAGUCCAAUGUUCCAUCUAUUCGUGUUCGCUACCGCUACGAAACGCUCCUAAAUGAGCUAACGCUGGUCUUCCGCCAGGCAUCGGGUGCGUCGUGUACGCAUCCGGAACCUGGAGGUUCGCUUUCAUCCGUGGUCUCCUCUCGAGUGCUGCCUACCUUUGCGCAAUUCUACUACGAGCGCCACAUGCGGCGUCAAGGACCUGCCGAGAAUCGUUGA